CGUGCGGUUUCGUACCUUUUGAACUUGGGCUAGUGUUGUGUUUGUUAACCAUUUUUAUCAUUUUGGUUAAUUGGAAUACGAAAUUAACGGGUUAACUGAAAAACGUUUAUUUGAAAAUUCUCAGUGAUUUUGUAUUUGCAGAUUCCAGAUCAGCCAUUUCCACCAUCUGUGCAUAAUAUCGAGAUGGCUGACGUAGUAGUAAGCAGCGAUAACACCAACCCGAAGGAACUCCUGGGGCAAGGCAUUCGGGCUUACGUCUUGCAAGACUACACGUCUGCAGUUGCUGCUCUAAGCAAAGCCAGUGAACUCCUGGUGGCGGAACACGGGGAUGAUUUGCACGAUUCUUUGGCCGACGUUUACCUUUACUAUGGAAAAGCGCUGUUGGGAUUGUCCAGGGAAGAUUCGGAGGCCUUAGGCGAUGCUGUUCGAAAUAAAGACGAAUCUGAUGAAGAAGACGAAGAGGAGGUGGAAAACAGGGAGACUGAGGGAGGGGAUGAAAAAGAGGUAACCGAAAAUGCCGAAGCCAAUGGAACUGUCUCGUCUAGCGAAGAAAAAAAGGAGGGUAGUAGUAGUGAAGCAGAUACAAAUGUUGAAUCCAAUGGGGACGAGAAAGACUGCGAACCUUCAGCGUCUACCUCGGCAGACGGUGUAGAGGAAAACGCCGACGCCGAAGACGAGCCCACGGACCUCCAGGUGGCCUGGGAGGUCCUGGAACUGGCCAAAACGAUCUACAAGAAACGCGGCGAGGACGGCAAGAAGAACCUCGCCGAAACCCUCGUCAUUCUCGGCGAGGUGUCGCUGGAGAGCGAGAACUUCGAAUCGGCCAUAAACGACAUCAAGGAGGGCCUCAGGAUGCAGAAGGAGCUCUUCCCCGACGACAGCAGAACCGUGGCGGAGACGUUCUACAAGUUGGGUGUCGCCUAUUCCACCGACACCCAAAUAGACGAGGCCGUGGAGAGCUUCCAGUCGUCCCUACGGUACUUGCAGAACAGGAUAAAUAACCUGGAGAAGGCGGGAGACGGGAAGGACGAAGUCGCGGAAGAAAUCGAGGAGAUAAAGGGCCUCGUGCCGGAUAUCGAGGAGAAGAUCGCUGAUAUGAAGAGCUACAAGGACGAGACCAUGAAACAGAUAAUGUCGGCCGUGGCAGAGUCCAAACCGACCUCUUCUGCGGCGGGAGGCCCCUCGUCCUCGGUCUCCGCCGACAGCAGCACCUCCAAACCCGCCUCGGAUAUUUCACAUCUCGUGAAGCGCAAACGGAAACUGGACGAAAUAGCGGAGGAAUCGGAGAAGGACGUAGAAGCCAGCCCGGCCAAAAAAGUACCUUCUUAAGGAUUUUAAUUUUUUUAUCUCUUGUACAUAGGAAUUAUUUAACAUGUCCUUUGUGGUUGUCUCGGUAAAAUAGCGAUACGACGGGGCCUGUCUUUUAAUUUUAAAGGAAGACUGAGAUUAUUUGAUGUGUUUUGCGAGAAGGACUCCGAUUAUUACUUUUACGUCGCUUUUAAAGCACUUGUCUUCGUUUUUAACUGCUUUUGAUGCGAUUUAAGGGAAUUUUAUGAAGUGUCCGUCCUGAUUUUUGCCGGAGGCAACCACAGAUUGUCUCAUUUCUGUACUUAUAAAAUGAGUACUGGGGAAUUGUUUGACACAACUUCACAAAAUCUCCGUGUAUUUUUUUGCGGAUAAAUUAUAAGUAUUUCGGGUAUUAUCAACUUUGUUACAGUUAAAUUGCCAAAGUAACAAUUUUUCUGCCAAUUCGUAUACACUGAACAAAAAAAACAAUAGAACAAGCCUACAACUUUCUUAACGUAGAGCUAGUAUCAUCAGCCCUUAUAUCGUUACAAUCUUGAAAGAAUUUUCAAAUUUUUCUUCCGUUUAUUGUAUUAUUUAGCGGAAAAAUGUCACUUUGUUGAUUUGACCCACUUAUAUAAAAAAUUUAGCGAUAAGUCUACACCUCAUUUGCAACACCCUGUAUAUGUUGUAACUUUUAAAAUUUUGCGAAGUUGUGCUCGGAUCGUCCCCUUAACUUUUAGGGUGUCCCUAAACGUGAAUGUCCUUUUGUUUUAGAUUUUAGUCUUUUGUUACCUUUUUUAUAACUGAAAAAAUAAUUAAACCUAUUUCUACUUC